AUGUCGUGGUUCGAGUGGGUGAGGAAUCAGUUGGUUUUUCUUGUUCUCAGUGCUUCUGCAGAGGUCUCCAUCCUGUCCGUCGCCGCACUUAAUCCAUCGUGGUUUACUGUGUCGCCUGUGUCCUACGAAAUCAAUCUGGACUGUUUGACGGUUUCCAUCCUGCGUGAUGCUACCCAGCGCAUUCGAUCUAGCAGGACGAGUUAUUACAUCACACUAAGGGACAACGUGUAUAAGCACAACACAGACAAGAACUCUGAGGAUAACCUAGACCGACCUUCGUCAAAGAGCCUGGAAGAUAAGUUGGCUCUUCUCUGUCAGCUUGAAGUGAGAGUAGCAAGUUUCUGGCCAGAUGCACAAACUCGUUCGUCAAACAACCCAAAGAUACUUGUCCUGAUAGUGCUGGUCAAGGACAUAAUGAGGCGAGAGGAGAUAAACGAAGUGGGAAAAGUCAUUCAAGUUGGAUGA